GGCUCCGCGAGCGUCGCUUCCCGGAAGGUGUUAACCAUCGCGCUGCCGCAAUGUAGCGCCAGUUUGCGCGUUUACUUUACAACAACGCGGACAAGUUGAAGUGUUGCGCGCGGGGCGAGGCCAAUGGAUGCGCGAGCGAGUUAAAAUCGCCUGCGCGUCGCGAGGGGAACAUUAUCCAGGCGGACGCGCCGCUCAUUUCGCGGAAGAAUAAAAGGAGAGGAAAGUGGAAACACAAUAACUUCCUGAAUUUCAACGAGACAUGUCCGAUUCCCCCUCGCAGCAGCUCAUUAUUAAGG